AUGCCCGCGGCCUGGUUCCUGAGUUCACAACAGGGCAACAUUGCGUUGCCAAACCGCUGCUCCCCAGAUGCCCCCGUGUCGGUGGAUCUGCUCGAGGCGUGUGGCGUCUACACUCGCGCGGUGGAUCCCGCGACGCUGCAUCAGCGACACCCAACAGACGACGAGGGGCGGACCUACGCGCAGCGCCUUGCCUGGAACUUGGGCUACCAGGGGCAGGAGGUGGUGACGCUGAGUGCGGACGCCCAGGACGAGCUCCGCGAGCACCUCAACCUGGACGAGCAAAUGCGCGUCGUGGAAAGCGGGGUCCUGUACUUCGAUGUGCGUGACGCGGAGGACCGCUGGAUGCGUGUUGAAGCCAAGCCGGGCGACCUGCUCGUUAUUCCGCGCGGCAUCUACCACCGCCUUGUUCCUGCCGCAGACUCUUCCCCGGUGAGGCUGCUGCGCCUGCUGCGGAAGUCCACCGUGUUUCAACCAAUUCCUCGUGAGGGCGAGCUCAACGCCGAAAGAGCCGCGGAGGCACGCGCGGCGCACGAAGACCACACCUUCUACGUGUCACACCCGCCGAAUGAGACUGUUUUGGGCCCCGCAAACGGCGCGGACAAUGUGCUGGUGACAACUCCGCGGGACUUUGACGCCACGCUGGCGAAGGCGAAGGCGGGGCUGGCGGUCGGCGACGUCCUCGUGCUCUUCUGCAAGGGCGCCCCCGACCGCAGGACACACACGUCGUGGUGUCCGCCGUGCGCGCAGGUGGAGCCGAUGGUGCGGCGUGCGCUGGAGGCCGCCAAGCGCAAGCGGCGUGUCGUGUACGUUCAGUGCAUCGUGGAGCGCUCCGUCUACCUUGGAAACCCGGACUACGCGUACCGACGGCAUCCGUUGCUCAGGAUCGCCUCCAUUCCACUACUUUUGGUGCUGCAGCAGGGCGAAAAGGAGCUCACCGAGCUGCACCGCGAAAGCGACCCCAACGAGCGCUAUGAGUCUUGGGUGGAUAGCAUUUGA